UUUGGCGGAGGAGAAGUGGGCGACUGGCCGCGGUACAACGUAAAUGGCUCAUCUCUGUAUCCGUCAAAAAGACAGGCCUCGGCGGAGGGAAUUGAUUGGAUGUACCAGCCGUCUGACAAGUGGACGGACGUAAAAUACAGCGCGGUCUGGGCUUAUUGAGUCUGAGCUAACAGAAAAAGAGGAGGUUCCCGAAUAGAGUCCUUUAUUUAUUUCUUUGUUUCCAGCGGGGGGAAAUAAUAACAGCGACAUAUACCACAGGCACUUCAUUUAUUAUAUUUGUCCGAAUACACAAGAAAACUGGAUAAGAUUACAGUGGUUACUCGAGGGCCAAAGCCAAGGGGAGGAGGAUGAAGCGGCGCAAUGCGGACUGCAGCAAACUCCGACGGCCGUUAAAACGGAACCGAAUCACUGAGGGUAUAUACGGCAGUACCUUCCUGUACCUGAAGUUCCUGGUGGUGUGGGCACUGGUGCUACUGGCAGACUUUGUACUGGAGUUCAGGUUUGAGUACCUCUGGCCAUUCUGGCUCUUCAUCCGGAGUGUAUACGACUCCUUUAGAUACCAGGGGCUGGCCUUCUCAGUAUUCUUUGUGUGUGUGGCGUUUACCUCGGACAUCAUUUGCCUCCUAUUCAUCCCAGUGCAAUGGCUAUUCUUCGCUGCCAGUACUUAUGUAUGGGUGCAGUAUGUUUGGCACACAGAGAGGGGUGUCUGUCUCCCUACCGUGUCGCUGUGGAUACUCUUUGUGUACAUAGAGGCGGCCAUCAGAUUCAAAGACCUGAAGAAUUUCCAUGUGGACCUGUGCCGGCCCUUUGCUGCACACUGCAUUGGCUAUCCAGUGGUCACGCUGGGCUUCGGUUUCAAGAGCUAUGUAAGCUAUAAGAUGCGCCUUCGGAAGCAGAAGGAGGUACAGAAGGAGAAUGAGUUUUACAUGCAGCUUCUGCAGCAGGCCCUGCCUCCAGAGCAACAGAUGCUUCAGAGGCAAGAGCGAGAAGCAGAAGACGGUAAGAUUCGUGCGUGUGCGUCAGCAGCAAAAGGAAUAUCUGAAGUAGACACGCCUCCAGUGUCACAGAAUGGCGCCCCAGCCAAUAAAAAGACAUCGGUGUCACUGCCGGAGUUAGAGUAUAGGGAAAAAGGGAAAGAGGGAAGGGGCGGCGGGGAUGCUAAAAAGCAGCACAACAGCAACAGCAUCCUGCCAUCAUCUGUGGACUCUAAACUCCAAGAGAUGGAGUAUAUGGAGAACCAGAUGAACAACAAGAGACUGACCACAGAGCUGGGCAGCACAGAUAACCUGUUGCUUAAAGAGGACAACAAUUCCUCUUGCUCCUCCUCGUCCUCGUCCUCCUCCAAAAACUACAAAAACGCUAGCAGCAACGCUGCGACGCUCAACUCCUCGCCCCGCGGCCACAGUGCCACCAACGGCAGCGUGCCCUCCUCUGCCCCGCCAUCCUCCUCUUCCUCGGGGAAGAACGAGAAGAAGCACAAGUUAGCGGUGGGCAAGGGGACAGCGGGGGGCUCCCACAGGGAUCCCACAGACAACUGCAUCCCCAACAACCAGCUGAGUAAGCCAGAUGCACUUGUUAGAUUGGAGCAGGAUGUUAAAAAGUUGAAGGCAGACCUGCAGGCCAGCCGGCAGGUCGAGCAGGACCUGCGCAGCCAGAUCGGCUCGCUGGGCAGCGCUGAGCGCACCAUACGCACCGAGCUGGGCCAACUGCGCCAGGAGAACGAGCUGCUGCAGAAUAAGCUCCAUAACGCUGUGCAGGCAAAGCAGAAGGACAAACAGGCAGUGGGCCAACUGGAGAAGAGGCUCAAAGCAGAGCAGGAGGCUCGAGGCACCGCCGAGAAACAGCUCGCUGACGAAAAGAAGCGGAAGAAGUUAGAGGAGGCCACGGCAGCCAGAGCGGUAGCACUGGCAGCCGCAUCCAGAGGGGAGUGCACAGACACGCUGCGGCGGCGAAUCAUUGAAUUAGAAACAGAGUGUAAGAAACUAUCAUUGGACAUCAUGCUAAAGGAGGACCAGAUCAGAGAGCUUGAAUUGAAAGUUCAGGAGCUUCAUAAAUAUAAGGAGAACGAAAAAGACACAGAGGUGCUGAUGUCGGCGCUGUCAGCCAUGCAGGACAAGACCCAGCACCUUGAGAACAGUCUGAGUGCAGAAACCAGGAUCAAACUGGACCUCUUCUCUGCGCUGGGAGACGCCAAGAGACAGCUGGAGAUUGCACAAGCUCAGAUCCUGCAGAAGGACCAGGAGAUAAAAGACCUGAAGCAGAAGAUAGCCGAAGUGAUGGCCGUCAUGCCCAGCAUCUCCUACACGGCCGACACCAACAGCGUGACCCCCCACUACUCCUCCAAGUUCAUGGACACCAAUCCCUCCGGCCUCGACCCCAACGCCUCGAUUUACCAGCCACUCAAAAAGUGAACGCCCUCCCCUCCCCCUCCUCCCUCCCGCCUCCAUCCUCCCAUCGUUUUUAUUUUCCCUUGCAGGCUCACCGCCUUCCAAUCUGCUCGGUACGUCUGCGGCCCCGGAACGUUGUUUUUCUUUUGGUUUCAAUUUGUUCCUCCUCGCCAGAUCAGAAGGAUGUUGUAUUGUGUGACUGUAUUUGUUGUAGUUAAAACAAAAGACAAAAAAAACUUUAAACGGACAUCACAUGUCAACUAGGAAGCCGCAGCUUUUUUUUUUUCUUCUUUUCUUCUCUUACGUGUCUAGUGAAACCUCACAGAAUCGGGUAUGUAUCUUCAUCUCAAGGGUGUUGCUGUCCCUUCCCGCACCACCAAUGCAACCACCUGCCACCAGUUACCUGCUCUUUGGUCCUGGGGAAUAGCUUCGUUCUCAUAUUAGGUUGAUUUUUGCCUCCUAAACCUUGGAAAACAAGAGUUCUCCUUUUGUCAUACAGCCUGACGUGUAUAUCAAUUUCUUUGACAGAUAGUUUUUCUCCCAAGAUAGUCUGGUGACGUCUGUACAACCUGAGGAAUGUAGUGCAAAGUUGGCACAGACUCUCAACCCUGUUAUGAUGUCAUUUUUAUUUUUUAAGGCACCAAAAUGAACCCUGCUCUCAGCUGCUUUUGGGUAUGGUGGAUUUUCUUUAUUUUUUUUAAGUAUUGUGUGGUUCUAUUUGUUCACUCUUUAAGAUUCAAGUGUUGAUUUCAACCAGCUGGAAGUGUUGAUAGCAACAAGUUGGAAAACAUAUUGUGUUAUAAGCAGAAAACAUAGACUGUAAAAUGAUAUGAACCCAAGCAGCUCCUAAAGUCAGUCCUGAAGUGAGUUUUUGAGUUAAGGAAAGAGUGCAGUAACAGAAGUGUGUGUGUGCGUGUGUGUGUGUGUGCAUGCGUGUGUGUGUGUGUGUGUGUGUGUGUGUGUGUGUAUACACAGGUGUACCGGCUUCUACUCUGCAUUGUCGUUCAUCGGUUGUCAUGCUCACAGUGCGUUGAGUUGAGGACAAAGUGAGUAAUGACAUUACGGCCCAACCCUUUAUGAAUUAGUCGUGAAACGUCUCGCUAAGCUGGAAAAGGAAGAGCAUUUGACCUUUUGCCGAGUGCCGUGGGACAAACCUGCUUUCAGAUGUCGAUUAUUGCUUUUGGCUGUUUGGCUCCCCACUAAGUGGGAGGGAAGCUGUUCCACCUCGUACCUCUGAGGGCAUCGUUGCCCCUUAAGUAAGUCACAUUAACGGAUACCUAAAUAAAUUGUCCUAUUUGUUCAGUAAGGCGACAUGAUGUUGGCCACCACAGUCUAGUGUUUACAUGUCCACCCACAGGAGCUCAUUUCUACGGCUGUUAAACCAGCUGCUGUCCCCCCCCCACCCCACCCCAUUCUUUUUGAUUUCCCAAUUAAAGUUGCACUGUAGAAAACACUUGCCGUUUCGAAAAAAGGGAAAAACCGUAAAGAUGUAAUGUACACGACGCUACGGAAAUGCAGAUAAAUGCUUUUUAUUUAAUGAAUCGUCCACUUCAGUUCGCGUGCCAAGACUGGGAACGCUCGUUCCUCCAGUAAAGUGUUCAUGAAUGUACCGCAAAUACAUUUGUUCUGACAUGUUCGUCAAACAUCCAGUGGAAUAUCACUUCAUGGAAGUUUCAGUUGAGCAGGUAGAGAAAGCGGUCACCUGUUUGUAGUAGGCUGUAGUUUAAAGUAAGGGACUUAAAAAAUAGAAGUCGCAUUUCUUUCUUUUUUGAAUGUUACAGUAUUUACAUCGGUUGGGGAAGUGGCUGUUUUUUGUUUUUUUAAAGCGGUUUUCCUUACUCCUGUUUCUGGUAGUAUUGUUAUUUUCCUGCAGGGAGAAAAAAUUCUAAAGUCUGACGUGGUGUCACCAUCAUCUGAAAUGGACAUUGUCGUGCGUGUGGUUUUUACCGACUAUAUGGAGAAGCAUUUCUUCUUUCUUUUUUUCGCUCAGAUUGCUGUCGUUGGUUCCUGGGGUGGGGGGGAUGUUGUGAAAAUUCCAGUUUAGUCAAUUGUUUGCUCUACUGAUUGAGUAUAGAGAAGUGUUUUGUUUUUGUUUUCUAUGCCCACAGUCACUGCUCUGUUUCUCCCCAGGUCUGACCUUGGCUGUGCUCUCGCUCUGUGAGGUUUACAAGGAAUAAACUUCUUUUUUUUCUUGCAAAUUGA